AAUAAAUAAAGUGCGAUGUCGUCGGUUUGCUUGGCUGCUGGAGACACGUUUGUGCCAGUUAAAAUUGAUGAAAAUGACCUGUAUGCGGGAGUUUUAAAAUUACUUAAAACUAUUAGACCGAAUUGGAUUCAAGAAAAUAUUAAAUUAAAGACUUUAACAGAUGGAAUAACUAAUAAGUUAGUAUCAUGUCAAUUUAUGGAAUCAAGUGGUGAAAAAGACAUUUUGCUUGUUCGCAUAUAUGGAAAUAAAACUGAUUUAUUUAUUGAUCGCAGUGCAGAGAUCAGAAAUAUCAAAACCCUCAAUGUUCUUGGACUGGCACCUCAAGUUUAUGGAAUAUUUGAAAAUGGCCUGGCAUAUCAAUACUACCCUGGAGUUACCUUGAAUGUUGAAUCAGUUACCAAUGACAAUAUAUGGCCCCUAGUCGCUACACAAAUGGCCAAAAUGCACAAAGUUCAACUAGGAAAAGAAAUACCGAAAGAACCAUUUGUAUGGGAUAAAAUUGAACAGUUUCUGAAUUUACUCCCUGAUCCAUUUUCAUCGGAAGAAAAGCAAGCCAGAUUCACAAAUAGUUUCGGCUCGAUAACUAAACUAAGGAUAGAGUACGAGCGUCUUAAAACGCUUUUAUCAAAAACAGAAAGUCCUAUUGUGUUUGCUCACAAUGAUUUGCUUCUAGGAAACGUAAUAUACAACAAAGAUGAAGGAACAAUAUCUUUCAUAGAUUAUGAAUAUGCAGCGUACUGCUACCAAGCGUUUGACAUAGCCAAUCACUUCAAUGAAUUUGUUGGUCUAUCAAUAGACGACAUCGAUUACGACAGAUAUCCCUGCGAAGAGUUCCAAUUCGAUUGGAUCAAAGUAUACCUAGCAAUGUACUUGGACAUUGACCAUCCUACAGAGCCACAGAUUAGAAAAGUUUAUAAAGAAGUUCAACAAAUGUCGUUGCUGUCUCACUUCCUGUGGGGAAUAUGGUCGCUGGUGCAAUAUGAACAUUCUGACAUCGAUUUUGAUUUUGUAAGAUAUGCAGAAAUAAGGUUGAACCGAUAUUACGAGCUAAGAGACAAGAUUUUCAAACAGCUUAGUUGAUUGACCGUUCGCAUUCGUUGCCGUCUGACAUAAGUGUGACCAUCGUACCUAAUCUAAGUUAAAAAUGCAAAUAUAGAAAUCAAGUACAACUACAAAGUAGAUAAAAAAAAUACCUAAGUUUGCCUAUUGCUUAGCAAUGAUAAUUGUAAUUUAUCGAUAUCAAAGAAUACAUUCCUAAUCAUUAUUUAUGUUUUCUGUUUAUAUCUAAGUAAUUAAGUAUAAUAAAUAAUAUAUCGUUAAAUAUAAAAAA